CACACUCACACACACAGACAAGUUAAGACUCACAGCAUUUCAGAGCCCAGCGAAGUAACUGCAGGGAAGAACCAUGUGGACGCGCACCACGGAUACUUUAUCAGCAGGCCUUUUUUAUUUUACAUUUUCUUUCACUGGGGGAUAUUUCUUUGAUUUUCUGGAUAGCAAGUUUGAAAUAAACUAAAUGCACUUUAUCUUACGACCUGGUUUGCAUAAAUAUACUCAGCUGGAUUGAGAGGAACAGUAGAGGAUAUUUUUUCUCACUGAAACGCACCUGUGCGCCUAUAGCGCACGGGUAAUGUAAAGAACUGGGAAGCUAUGAGAUGCAAUAAAUUUCCAGUUUAAGCAUUUACCAUGAGAGGACUUGGCUUUUCUGGAUUAUGAAAGUCUGAAUCUUAAUGCAAAAAAAACGUGUGAUUUGGACAGUAUGCUGCAGGUGAACAGUAAGGAAUACACCAGGUGCCUAUAGGAGGAACAGCCAUCAUCCCGAUUUUCUGAGCUUGCAGGUGAAGUCCAAAAAACUACGCAGUAACAGCUGUCAUAUUCUCCGGGAUCCUCCUGCUACUGGCAGCAAGUGCGCCCUGCUCGGGUCUCUACUGCGCAUGUCAGACUGCUGGACAGCUCCAGAGAGGGAAAUUUAAAAACGGUUUUUGAAGGAAUCGGGUCCAGCACAGAGGAUUACAGUACAAGGGCUCAGGACCAGCUCCCACAAUCUCCCAUAUAAACCAAAACAGGAAAAGCUGCAACAUACCCCAGGAGAUGAUAGAAGGUGGAAUAACUUCCAGGAUGUCAGGAAUAAUUGACAAUGCUGGGCAUCAUCCAUCUCCACAGGACUACAGGCUUCUGACCACAGACCCCUCCCAGCUGAGAGUGGAGGACCUCCCUGGGGACCUGCAGUCCCUGUCAUGGCUCACCUCAGUGGAUGUGCCCAGGCUACAGCAGAUGGUUGAUAGCAGAGGACACAGCAAUGGGCCCUCCCAGGGCAGCCUGCUGGAGCAACAGACAGCUCAACUAAAUAACAUGACGAUACCAGUCAGCCAGAACUCCGUGCUGCACCUUCAGAGCAACAUGCAGCACAGCCCCCUGGGUAUCAGCAUAAUAAACACCCACAGUGGAAGUAUGUCUCCUUUCUCCAUGAAUGGGCUGCCUUCCCCUGGAUAUCAAUGUCCUACCUCAGUAUACCAGCCUGCAUCUCAGCAGGUGUACUCUCUCACCCAAAAUGGACAACAGUGCUCAGCAGGUGGACUUUAUAGCAAUGUGUCUUUCAACAACCAAAGUCUUUUCGCACAACCUCGUCUAGCCCCACAAGAACAGGACCUGCAGCCCAAAUCUUUCCCCAAACCAAUUUACUCCUACAGUUGUUUGAUUGCCAUGGCUUUAAAGAACAGCAAAACUGGAAGCCUCCCUGUCAGUGAGAUCUAUAGCUUUAUGAAGGAACACUUUCCAUAUUUCAAGACUGCACCUGAUGGUUGGAAGAAUUCAGUCAGACACAACCUUUCCUUAAAUAAAUGCUUUGAGAAGGUGGAAAACAAGACGAGCAGCUCUUCCCGUAAGGGCUGCCUGUGGGCGCUGAACCCUGCCAAAAUUGACAAGAUGGAGGAAGAGAUGCAGAAGUGGAAACGCAAAGAUCUCCCAGCUAUUCGCCGCAGCAUGGCAAAUCCAGACGAGCUGGACAAACUGAUCACAGACCGCCCAGAAAACUGCAGACGGAAGCCUCUGGAGCCCGGCAUGACCCGGCUGGCUGGCUGCACAACUGGUCUCCCUCUGUCUGUGCCUGCACAGAUGCAACCUCCGCCCAUCGUCACACUGUCUCUGCCAUGUUUGCCCAUGCACCAACACCACCAGCUUCAAGCUCAACUCCAGGCUCAGGCCCGACUGGGCCCCAUGUCCCCUGCUCCGGCCCAGACGCCCCCCCUCCACACGGUCCCUGACCUUUCCCACAGUCCACUCACCCAGCAGCCCAGUAAGCCUCCUGAUGAUUUUUACAGUGUGCAGAGUGAUACAAACACAGAGGUGGAUGCACUGGACCCCAGCAUCAUGGACUUCGCCUUUCAAGGGAACUUGUGGGAAGAAAUGAAAGAUGACAGCUUUAACCUGGAUGCUUUGGGCACCUUCAGUAACUCCCCUCUGCGACUUUCAGACUGUGACUUGGGAUCAGCGAUCCCUCCAGCCUCCAAUGGAGUGAGCGGGUCGCUGUCAGAUGUGCAAGUGACGGGGCUGUACACCUCAUACACCUCACAGGAUCCCCUGUCCUCCCAGUACAUGGGCAGCCAACCCAACAGCAAACCCAUUGCCCUGCUUUAAAAAGGCCAAACUGUUUCCUAAUAAUCAACUUUUUUCGUUCUUCCCAAUUUUUGGAUGGCAGCUAACAAAGUGGGAUUAUUUACGAAGAAGUGAAAGUUCUAGGAACUUGGAGAACCUUGACGGAAACUUUUUUUUUUAACAAUUAAACUGAUUUCUAGGAACUAAAACCACAUAUGACUUGAAAAAAAAAAAGUCAGACCUGAAAUCUUUAGUUUUGCCAAGCAAAGACUGGAAACCUCUAUAAGUACAGUGUGUGGAGAACUGCAUGGAAGUUAGUUCUUACCUGUUCCUCUAUUGUUCUCCGUUCUGUGAUGUAGCUCAAAAACUCUUGUCUGUUGUAUUGUGCUAGACUUUAUUGCUGUGAUGUUUUAUUUAUAUUUAUAAAAGACAGCUGGGGAAGAUGAUGACUCUAUCAAUCUUUUGCUGUAUAUAUUUAAUUGUUUGAAUUUGGUGUAACCCACAUCUUUCCAAAACACACCCAGUAAGUCAGCUUGUACUUGGUGCUCCUCCACCUUAUGAUUUACAUUUCUGAAAUGAAGAUGUUUGAUUUGCUAUUUGCCUUGAUAAACAUAAAAAAAACUGGAUUUUCAGGAACUUCAUUGUUAAGAUGCUGAAAAUAAAAUAAAUUAUUAGGAGCAUCCCAUACAGUUUCACAAUAACAAGCCUUUUACACUUUAAGUGCAUCUCAGUAAAGUCUAAUAUAAGGUUGUUAUUUCAGUAAUUCCAUUAAACCAGCCAAACUACUAACUAA